AUGCACCAAAGCAUCAGCACAAACGGAGUCGGUUACGAUAACGCAUCUCACCUACCCAUCACACCACGUCGGCCGUCGGCCUCGAGCAUUUCGACACUAAUAGCGACACGGACACGCAAUCCAAUGCAGACCACCGCACCGAUCCCACCGCCGAAACCGGGCAGUCACGACGCCAGUCGGCGGAGCACCCCAGCUACAACACAGUCCCCCCGACAGCCACCGCUACCGUCGACUCCGACAAGCCUGCCCGAAGUCACCGCAUACGCAUAUGCGCAAACCCCGGCACCUCCAACCAUCGUAGACCCGGGAGACACAUGGCUGCCAAAGGUUCUGCAAGACAAAUCGAAGCAAGAUCUUUUCGAAGUCCUCGCUUCACAAGAGCUUCUGUCCGCCCUCACACACUCUGCAUCCACCAUCCACCCCUCGGUAUCAGCAUCCUACGGAGCAUUACAGAGCGCCCUAGACGAGAACAUGGAGCUGGCCAAGCGCCUGCAGGAGUUGGAGGCACGGCUAGCACAUCAACGGUCCGCCACACAGGCACAACUGCUCGGUGCGCAUGCGCUGGAACACUCGUGGCGGGCCAAACAAGCGGCCAUGGAUGCGGCACUGGCCCCGUUUGCUCCGGCUAGUCUUUACCAGCAGCUUGCAGCGGGCGUCAAUGAACAGGAGCAGGUGUGCCAGGCACUCGAGGAGAGCUUUCUCGAGGGUGAGGGCGAUGGAGGCCUCGCCAGCGAGCGCGAGGCUUCGGAAUGGGUGCGGCGGUAUCGUGAUGCUCGUAAACUUUUUUACCUUCGGCAGGAACGCAAGGAGCGAUGGGACGAAGGGCGUGUCGGCGGAUGGCGGUAA